GCGCGAAACUAGCAACAAGCAGACGACACCUUCGCGGAGUAUGUGUAGCAGACGACACGAUCUUGUCAACAGAAACAAACACAACCACCUCGACUCCACCCCGCAGACUACAGCGGGACAGCCAGCCACAGAGGCCAGUAUGGACGCUUCUACAAAGAGUGCCCACUACCUGCUGACGGCCAAUGAGAGGGAAUACCUGGCCAAGCUGUGCUGGCUGCUGCAUGACGCUGGUACACAUGCAUUACGUGUGACAUUCGACACGAUUCACCCACCUCUCGUCCUCAAGGAACAUCUUUCUCAAACCCACGUCAAGGCCAUGCUUACAAGACUGCACCAACAGAAGGCCUUGACCGACAAACACUGGAAGACCCUGUAUCCCAUAAAGAAGAGAAGUGUCACAUCGCAGAGAUACGACAGUCGGCUUCUAGCCAUUCUCCUGCAGACAAUUUGUCACCUAUGUCCUCCGUAUCCACAUGGAUGGAAUGCUUUACCUCUUGGAACAGACAGCAGUUUGAGUGCGGAUGUAGUCAGGUUGUCCAUCCUGUUCCAGCAGAUCGGGAGUCUGGGAGGUGUCCGAGAUGAGGAGUACCCAGUGUUGUGGAAACAGAUCGGGGAGGUGCUGCUAAGGCUUGGUGGCCCUCCAGCCAGAAUAAAGAUCCAGAGAAUUGAUAACGAGAGUGUUCCUCCAGACCUCCAGAACCAUUACAUUCAGCUGAUUAAAGAUAUCUGGACCCUGGAUGAGAAAGGGAUGUUCAGUGCAAACCUGGAGGCUCUUUCACGUCACAGCCAGACGUCAUCAAAAUCUCCAAAGAAACGAGGUAUACCUCCUGAGGACAAACACGUCAUCAUGAAAGUGUACAAGACCCUAGUCGACAGCAUCAUCGCCGAGGACAUCAUGGACCGCCUCCAACAAGGGCAGAUAAUCAAGAUCAGUGACCGACAGGAGAUUAUGGCUCUCAGCAAGAACCAGGAGAGAAUGCAGCUGAUUCUGGACAAGAUCCUCACCUCCAGAGUGAACUAUGCCUUCAAGCUUCUCUGUGAUGCUCUCAAAUUCAAAUACCCCAAGGAAUAUGAAAUGGUAAUGCGGACGAGGAAGGCUACUUAUAAACAAGGCAUUGUUGAGACUGUCGACCUGGUGAGCGUGUGUCAGGAAGCUCUCUCUUCCAUGUACAAACUGGCCUUCUCCCGCUGCACACCGCUGCCAUGGAUAGAUUCGCUGCAUAUGAGUGUCCGGGACUUCUAUACUCCAGUUGACAUUGUGGACAGUGAAGGGAAGAAACAGCACCUGAGUGAUAUAUUUCCUUCCCAGAACAACUCCGGCAAGGGAAAGAGAAUUGUUAUUGAAGGGGAUCCUGGGACUGGACAGACAACUCUUGCAACGAUGCUUACAUACACCUGGGCGAACCAGAAGAACUACUUCAAGGUGAAAUACGAAUUCCUGGUUUACAUAGAUGCGCAUGCAAUUGGAGCAGACUUCCACGACUCAGUCUGCAAACAGGUCCUGCCAGAGAACACAAAACUAUCAGUCCAAGAGUUUUGGUCUUUACUUGAAGCUAAUGCAAGAGAUGUUGUGUUCCUGAUCGAUGGAUUUGAUGAGGCUGUGCCAAGUCCUGAACUUAAGGAAAUCAUUCAGGGGACCAAGAUGAAACACUCUUCUGUAGUUCUGUUCGUUCAUCCUGAAAUCCGCAUUCAUCGAUACGUUACUGCAGAUGCCAAACUUUUCAACAUUGGCUUGAACUCUACUAACAUCAAAAGAUGUCUAAAGACAUAUGGAUACCUAAUGGAAAUGACAGCAGAGGAAUGUGAACAACUGCUGGAGAUGGCACAAAACAAUGAAUGGACAUUCAGACAUAUGCUCUUCUCACCUUUCAUUUGCCUAGCCACUACCAUGGUGUUAAAGGUUUGUAAGGAACACUCUAUUGUAAGCAUAUCUACCACGACUGAAUUGUUUGAACUCUUUGGUGAGGCUAUGGCGAAAGAUUUCUGUGGAAGACAAAAUAUUGAGGUUGUUGGAAUGGAGUUUCCAGAUGAAGUUCUGAAAACCAUUGGUCAGUUACAGCAAUUUGCCUUUGAUGCUGUUUGUGGCACGCGGAGAAUCUUCUCAGAUGCUGAGUUGAUCCAUGAGACCCAAAACAUCCUGAUGACCAAAUUUGGGGUCCUUGUCAAAAAUGGACUCAACAAUUGUUGGAAAAUGACCUGUUCUCUCCUAGCAGAUUUCCUCACCGCUCGGUACCUGGCGGACACGACGAUGGAGGACCUGAGGGAGAUCAUUGCUGAGCAGAAACUACUCAGUCGAGUGUGUUAUGCCAAUAUGAUCUCUUUCUUGUGUGGAUUGUUCAGGAACGACCACGAUACUCCGACUCUUGGGAAUAUCUUCACAGACUUGAAAACUCACAACUUCAAACAAACAAGAGCAUUGAACAGAACAGGAAAUGGAAAGCCAGUUGAUGGACAGACGUCCACUACAAGUCACCUAACCUCUGGGUACGUGACGGACUACUAUCAUAGUCUUCAGGCUUUGUCAGAGAGCGAGUGUCGAGACGAUGUUUUGGCCCAAGUUGUCGAAUCCAUGCCAAGCCAUCUGAUUAUCAGGAGAGAUGGAACAAUCACUCACACGUGUGUACAUGGUCUCCGGGCAGUGCUCGUUAAUGAAUUUGUGAACAUAACGCACAUUGAAAUCAACCUUCUUCCAGUGUACAUGUUGCAGCCAGAUAUCUACUUAACACUUGCAGAAACAAUUGGAAAAAGUCCACGAGUGAAACGAUUAAGGGUAUUGUGGUAUGGGCUUGAACUGAUGGCAAAGUUUCUCUCAAUCGCAACACAUAACACACAAAGCCUACAGUCGUUGCAGAUAGAAGACUGUUCAAAGAAGGUACCUACGCACGUGACAGCAGAAACGUGGGCUGACCUCCAAUAUUUUUGCAGCAAGCUUGAAAACAUAAAGAAAUUCAUUUUCCUGAACUGCAAGAUGGCGUCUGUUGUCUGCCAUGUUCUUCAUCAUCUUCCAGAGACUCUUGAGGAGAUUGACUUCGCCGGGUGCGCCAUGAACCCAAUCUGUGCCGGCGAGAUUGCCACAAAGAUUGAGCACUCUAAGAAGCUUAAGAGGCUGAAUCUAAGUAGUACAAGGCUGGAGAGCUCUGACAUCAAGGCUCUCACAAAGGGUGUGAAACUGGGCGAAUCCUUGGAGGAGCUAAACCUUGGUGGCACUCGUCUCGACAGAUCAGGUGUGGUUGCCCUGGCGGAGUCGAUCCGUCUGUCAAACACUCUCCAGUGCCUGGAUCUCAGCAACUCGGAACUGACAACAGAGUUGUGCAGGAUUUUAGCUGGAGCGAUUGCAGAUUCACGAACAUUGACCAGACUUGUCGUUUCAUAUGCAAAGAUGACUUCCGAGGGUCGCCUUUUCAUUUCACAGGCCAAAGAACCUGCGUUGCAGAUUGUUGGGUUAAAAACAUUAAAAUAUAUCAGCCCAGUAUAACAUGACUGCUUGGAUGUUAGACUGUAGGGUUGCCUAUCGGUUAAAGUGUGCGCUCGUCAAGCCAAAGACCAGGGUUCGAUUUCCCACAUGGGUGCAAUGUAUGAAGCCCAUUUUGCUCAUUUGAUGUUACCAGAAACCUGACCAGGUAUCUUACAAGAGUGUAACUUCAAGUGGCCGAAGUAAUCCUUCUCAACAAAACUCAAUGAUGCCUCGACCGACUGAUGUAUUUUUGAUAUUUUCCUGGAACCAUGCUGUUCUUUAUAGUUCCUUGUCGGUCCUCUAAGUAAACACAAAAGUGUGAUUGUUUAAUACCAAACGUGCCAUAUUUGGUAUAUUUUUCAAAUGUCUCCUUUCCAAGUAAAGCCUUCUGGGUACGUACAUAGAUUUAUAUAUUUUUAUAUAUUUCACUGUUAAUGUGCCAGUUUACCAUCGUUGCCUCAUUAAAUGGUAUCUUCCUUCCCGCUUAGGGGGCAGUUCAUGGCCGAUGGAUGUACGCCGUACAUGUUACUUUUGGGAUUGUGGGGGCGGGGCAUACUUACAAUUUUCCAUUUGAAAGAAUUAAAGAAUUUACAGAUUGCAAUAAAUUAUGAACAGUCUACUCAUACAGAUCAUUAGCGUUGGUGAAGACAAACAAAAACAGGAAGACUGCGACAUUUUAAGCAUUUCUCUGACGUACAUUUCACUGACGUACAGCACAUCCCUUAAUGAAUAUUUCAGGUUAUUAAAUAUAACUGCAUCUGAGAAGCAGAAUUUCAUGUUAAAAUCAAGAUUAAAAAAUACCUAAUCAAUAACUUUAAACAAAUAUUAGGUAUAUGUUUGUAAAAGUGAAAUUGAAAUAGAACCUCAUGCUUAUUUGCAAAACUACCUGCAACAAUGGUAUUUCUAUGCGUGCAUAAAACAUCUGUGUCCCACCAUGACUUUUUUGCAUUUAUAAAGGGAUCCGCUGUGACCUUGGUAAUAAAUAUGAUAAUUUGGACUAAAAGAUGUCUUUUUCACUUCGAUUGACAAUGGGGCAGUGGGGUAGCCUAGUGGUUAAGGCGUUCGCUCGUCGCGCUGAAAACCCGGGUUCGAUUUCCCAGAUUGGUACAAUGUGUGAAGCCCAUAUCUGGUAUUCCCCGCCGUGAUAGUGCUGGAAUAUUGAUAAAAGUGGCGUAAAACCCAACUCACUUACUCGAUUGACAAAGCCCUAAUUUGUGACGUUAAUAGCUUUUCUUCAUUGAUAAUGCAUGAUAAAAUAUUGUUGGAAUAACUGUUUCCCAGGAUCUGCAUAAUUUAUUCUGACAAAUAACAUGUUAUUAUUAUAUUUAUCAAUAUUGUUUACCUUAGUUAGUUUUAAUAUUUUAUAUGAAUAUAUGUUUACAUCUUGUUCAUAUUUUAAGGAUAAAAUGUGCUGUUAUUU